AUGGAUCUUUUUGCAGAUGGGGCAAACCUGCACAGGAGCUUCCACUGUGAAAAGGUCUUCUCCAAACCCAGAAAGGAUGGAGUGCGCACCCAGAGCCAACCGUUCGCGAUUAAGCAGUUUCCCCGGAGCUUCGAAGCUCUCAAGGAAUGGGCCAACUCAUCAACAACCCUCAAAAUUGUCCGACCUGACCCGUCCAAGCCCAACAGCUCGCUUCCAGAGCCCCCGCGGUUAUCGUAUUCGAUGGCAGGCAAGCCCCCCACCAUCCUAAGCGGUAGGUCUCUCCUGAAAUUUGAGCUUUUAGCUACUCAGGAUCCAGCCAAUCCUUCUGAACAAUACGAUAACAGUGCAGGCCAGCAGCUCACACGUAUGCAACGGUAUACCGAUUCUUUGGAGCAGCGACGGCGAGCGCUGAUUGACAGCUUUCUUCAGUAUAUUGACAAAAUCUUCUCGUCCCUAUAUGUCGAUUUCGAUCGUGCGCGAAUGACUUUUCAGGAUUACUUGUCAGGCGUUGACGCACGGUUUUUGCGACUUGUGAAAGAGCCAGGAGUACGGCCUUAUGCAAUGAAUUCGUCGCUGCAGACAAUAGAGGCCGAGGUCAUCAUGGUAUUUACAAAGCUUCGCUCAAGCUUCGAUGGCCUAGCAUCUAUGCUUCGAGAGGUCGUUACAGAUGCUGUUAAGACGCUCUCGGUGGGCCUUGGUAAUGCAUGCUGCACAGAGGGAGAAAUCCUUGCAUACAUUGGAGAUAUCGUCCACCAGGUUGAGGAACGAAUCACUCGGAUCUGUACUUCAAUGCUGAUGUUCAUUACAUCCAGUCAUAACAGAGCGCUGUUGUGUAUGGAGGAUGGUAGAGGAUUGUGCCGUAGAAUAAUACAUCAACGGAAAAUGGAACUUGUUCACGACUUUGUGGAACAGUAUAUACUCUUCAUUCACCAUGAGCACGAGUUUUCUCCGGUGAUGGUUUCAGCCAUCCAAGACGUUAAUACGGCACUGCAACAGUUUUCAUCAACGCUUUUUAAUUUCAUUACUGACUUAUCUAUUAGAACAGAGCAUCCUAGGGAUAUGGCUGUACGCUUGGUCAAGACAGUCUUCUUGCCGCGAAAACAGGAUGUGCAGUACCGGCUAGAGGAACUCAAGCUUACAGUCGACGAUGUCUAUACGUCACUUGCCGAAAGCACAAAGGAUGUACUCGAAUCAUUGCAGCAGCUUGAUAUCCUGAGUGAUGACCUUAGGGCUCUCAUAACGGAAACCCUCUCUCACUGGAAGAAAAGGUGGGACCUUCGCUUAUCUCUUAUCGAGGAAACCCUGAUUAGAACAGUACACGCUAACUCGUUUUUUAUCGCGUGUAUUAUAUCUCUCUGUGCAGCGGCCGACACGGCAGUCAAACACACAACUCUGUUAGAGGACAACUGGUGCAGGCUCUGUGAUGACGCACUGAAAGCUAUCGAGGAGCGGUUUACUCGUGAUUGGAGUAGAUCCACCAAAUGCUUGGAAUACAUCAGCACGCGUGUGAAGAACGUGUGGGAUAUCUCCGAAGCCCAAAAGAUCAAGCAAAUUUCCAAGAAGCUACUUGAUGCGCUGGAACACGCCAUCGUUCAACGCGAAGAGGCAGUUGUUAACAUGACCAAUCAAUCGCCUACUGGGAAUAAAGUUUUACACACGCUACUGGAUAUAUUUAGUCUAGAACUGAAGGAGUCUGCAUUUCUAACCUUAUUUGGCACAAUAGCGGACAGGGAUGAGACCUUACUGUCUGCUGUUACUUUGUUCAAUGAUACACUAGUGAAGAAUCCUGUUCAGGAUGUCACUGUUGAUGAUUUGGUAGAUUGCGCUGCAGUUGUUUUACGAGAUGUUCCCUUUCCAACGGGCUCCCUGGCCGAGCCCUGGUCUUGCGCAGAGUAUCAAAUAACAGAACUGACUGAUCUCAUCAGCGAACGCAGUGCAGACAUUGGUGUUAUCAAUCGAUUGGCAACAGCUAGUGAUCUACAAAAUCACGAGCACAUACAGGACGAUUCCAAAACGGUUCCCAACAAAAUUGAGCAGCAUCCACCUUCCAAUGUCAGGCCAGAUAGUAAAGCAAAUAAUCGAGCAUCCACACCAAAUCAGGACAAGAAGCGGGCAUCCUCUAAGGGCCGCCCACUGUCAAGUGACCAGGCCGCUGAGUCAGAUUCUAGUUCAGCUCACCAUUUACUUUUAGAGCCACCUGACUUUGAUAAAGAUGUGGAUAUGAAGGCGUAUAUUAGCGCAUACGGAUUUAGCUACUUUCAAGAUGCAGCUACCCCAGCUCAAGUCCUGGCAGAGUUUACGCAGCUCUUAUCACCAGAGCCUGGCAAUAAGGAGAAAGAUAAAGGGAAGCAAGCCGCACAAGUCCCUGAACAAAAGCCUCUUAUUUUUAGUCUUAUUGCUCCUAGAUAUCAGCAGGUUCUCUUCUCCAAGGAGGUCCCCUAUGAUAAGACGUGUGUGUGCGUCUUCAUAAACUUACCUGCCGACCUCCGAUUGAUUUUGUACCACUCCCUUCUUCGUCUACUCUACAAGGACGGAGAACGAAUUGCAUACAAUAGGGCCGUUUCCGAUUUCAAAGACUCGAUUCUUUCUUACAGAAGCGCCUACCUCCAGAAGCUCAACUCUGUAGCAACAGAGGCGUAUGCUUCUGCACUGGCAGAAUGGGAAAAGGAGACAGCUAAAAAGGCCAAGGCUGCACCAAAAUCAAAGACCAGUACAUCAAGGCCAGAAUCAAGGCCGGAUGGAAAUGAUGAAGAUGAAAGGCCUGUCGAGCCCGUGUUGGCUACACAACUUCCAGACUAUGUAGAAGCGGUCAUUGCAGGAAUCAAGGUUCCAGACGAACGCCCCCUUGAUGAACUCGACGUAUAUCUAAAGCUCGUCUACACAGUCCUAGACUUCGAGCACCUAAAAAUUGUCCCCCUUACGGUUGGCCAAGAUAUGCCUGUUUCAACAAAUCCACUUCUUUCUCCCCCAGCAGCCGCACCUCCUUCCUCCACAAAAGAUGCCAAAAAGGCCGUCUCUCAACCCCCGCCAAAGUCUUCAUUGUUGAAAGCCUUUACUAAAUCUCCAACAUUGCUAAACUUUGAAAAAAUAGUUUCACAACCUAAGUACUCUGUCAGUGUGGACGACUUGAUGUUUAGUGAUUGCGUCUACGACAGAGCUAGAGAUACUCUCACAAAGCUGAAGCAGACCGUGGUAGCAUUGAGCUGUCAAGGAAAGAGACUGACUGCUUCUGCCAACAGUGAGAAGCGUCUCUCUAGUAAGAACACUGUGGGCAAUCGACAAUCUCCCAACAUGGGUUCUCAGAUAAUAGAAAAUUCUCUUGCAGCACGCAAUAAGGAUAGGAUUGACGAGCUUCUAACCCUUGCAAGGCCAUGUAGCUCUGCUGAAGAGUCGCAGAAUGACUUGGCAUGUUCGAUUGGAUAUCGGUCCAUUAUAUCUCCAGGGAGCUCCAAGUCACAAAGAAUGGUGGGUCCUCCCAAUAUUUUAGGCUCCACCUCUGCAGCUCACAGCUUAGAAAGUCAGCAAGCAGAUGCAAUGGCAAAUGCAACCUCUGAUAUCAUCAUGGACUGCCGUUCCUAUACGUCUUCUGAUAGUCUAGCAAUAAAGCUUGUCCUUGGAAACAUAUCAACUCACGUUAUUGCACUUAUAAUGUCUCGUCUUGCAGAAACGUACUCCAGUAUCCUUUCCCGUAGUAUGGGCAACAUCCGCAGAAUACUCACCAUCUCUGACGACUUGCGCACGUCGUUAGUACCCUACACUGUGAAGCUUUUACAUUCAGAAGUCGCACAGAUAGAAUCGCGAUGCAGCAAGUAUGUUGGGGUAGAGUACAGAACUUUGAACCGAGCAAUGUCUACGAUACUGUCUUUGCGGAAGCGUAUUCUGGAUGCCACCGUCACCCCAGAGGUACCUGUAGGUGCUGCAGCGCCUUCGGGGUCUCGGUCUGCCAGUGGAUCUGGAGCUCGAGCCCCAUCGAGAGGAAAGCAAACAGUAUCCUCCACAGGAGAGGCGCGUCUGUUCCAGGAGUCUCUCGCCCUUUUAUCAGCCAAGCGGUUGGACCGCUUUGUUGAAUUAACGUUUGAUUCAUCCAGAGGAAUAGUAACGUCAUUGCGUCUAAGAAAACAGCUUUCUGCAUCCCACCCACUCUUUAAGCACACAGAAAGCGCAUACAAAACAAAGUUUGAUGCAGUCGUUAAUGAAAACAUACUCCUUUUCCCAGAACAAGCUGAUCGUACCAUCAUAUAUGCCUGUGACGCGUUUAUUGCUGAAUGCAAAGUUCUCCUUAAAAAGAACUUCUCAACACUCAUUCACAAUGACAUAAACUCUGCCGAGCGCAUUACGCAAUCAUUUACAAAGCAAGCAAUAGGAUGGUCUGGGCUUGAUAGUGCAGGCCCCUUUGACUUUGCCGUGGCAGACUUAGCGGUAAGUUUGCUACGGAACAAUUACGGAGAAGUUCAGCCUUUAGUUGAUACUGCUGCUAGCACCGUUAAGAUCCAUCCUGCUAUAGCAGCCUCACAGUCGCUCCUUGCAACGAUAGGCAUGCUUCGAGAAGAGGCUUACAGUCGUCUUCACACUGAUCUCUUAUUUUUCAAAUACCUUAUGCAAAACGUUUCUCAGGCUGUCAAGCUGGCUAAUUCGGAAUACUCUGCCAAGGUGUCAACAGUAGAAGCGAUGAAGAAGAAGUGUAUCUCCAUUAAAACAAUGGCCCUAAAUAGAUUGUUCUUAUUCAAGGAACGGAUGAGUGCGAUACGAGAGAUAUUCAUGCAGACAGCCAAGUGCCCAAACAAGACAUCGCUAAAUUCUGUGUUCUCUAAUACUCUUUCUGCAAUAGAAGCUAGCUUCGAGCUUGAACAAAUAGCCUAUUACUUGUCUUAUACGGUUGUUUUGCAAUUCGUAUUCUACCCAUUUGAACUCUCACUUAUUAACAGGCAUCACACGUUUCUUACUUCCUAUGACUUGUUUAAGCAAAGGUCGAAGGCAUUUAACUCUUUUGCAGGGGCACUUAUUGGUGCGAUCGUAGCUGUUCUGAACAUUCUGUGCUCGGCCACAGUUUUGCAGACACCGUUUACCUAUCAGGAAGAAGUGCGAGAGCGAUUUUGCUCUCCACCUGGCUAUCGCAUUUCACCCACCAGAGGCUCUUCUCCAAAACGACUAGUAACACAACAACCCAAUCUAGUGUCCAGAACUAUCGACCUACAUGCUGCAGACAUUUCAGAGCUCCCCAGCACCAUUUUCUCUAAGGUCCAACAGUUUUUCUCUCGAGCGACUAACUACAAACCUGGGAUGAAAGCAUUCUACAAUACCUCUAUCGAAUGUGACAUCUGCACUCAGCUGCAGGCAGAACUGGAGCAGAUGUUUUCCACGUACACCCUCUUUCAGCCCAUCUAUGUGCCUCGUGAUGACGAGCUGGCUACUGUGCAACUACCAGUAAUAGAGCCGCGCGAAUUGGAUGGAAUGGAGAUUGUCUCGACAGCAGAGUCCUCAAAAAAGGAUCUACGGCCUGCCACACCUGUGGAGGAAUGCGUUGCCUCGCCAACGCAGCAGAUGGUUCUGCCUGCCAUGAAGAUUAAGCGCCUCAAAGACUCCUCCUUUCAAGAUGAGCUUUCGUUGCUACAGCACUAUUACCGCGAAGCCUAUGACAGCAUAAACCAGCUAGUUACUGAAGCGCGCACUCAGCUUCAUGACUUGAUGGUCCAACGCGACAAGCUUUUUGAUACAUUAAUCAAACAAUUUAGUGCGUGCUCCUUUGAGAUCACAUAUCGGUCCAUUGAGAGAGCGUGGAAAGUGUACAAGGAAGGAUAUAAAAACAAUUGUGACGCUUUUUCCCAGAGGUUUGCUAAGAUUUAUGAUAGUUUCAGGCCGGCUCUGAUUAAGUUUCCUGAAAAAGCCUUAGGCAUGCAGCAGGAAAUCAAAACGUCAUUAUCAGAGUAUACUAGCACCAGCCAGGGCCUUCUGAACUCUCUUAAUAAGGAUCUACUCACACUUCUCUCUAUAUCUAAUUGCCUUCUUGUGACUGUUCCAGCCACUCUGCUAUCUCUAUAUCCAUCGUGGGCCGGCGACAACCGAGUAUCAUAUUGUGCAUCCUUGCAAAUCUCAGAGUUGUUAUCUUUCUUAUCACCUGUUGGAAGCACAAUAGAUGGGUCUGCCAGGGCACAGGCAGCUGGCAAAAAGCGACCAACUAGCGGAGCAUCAUCUGCGGCGAGUGUCGCUAAUACCACUGUACCAUCCUCUUCUAUGGCGGUGAAGUUGUUGGGUGAUGAACAGUCAACCAAGAUACUGAUAGAUUCGUGCGUCUCUUCAGAGUCAGAAAUAAAGUCCUGUUCGGCCACAUUUGUACAAGUGAUGCAGCACAUUGAAGCAUCAAUUAACUCCGGAAAGGCCGUGUUUGAGACAGAGCCUACUGCAGCUUUUUCCACUGCACACCAGAACCAACCUCCUAGUGGAAAAGUAAAGGAGGCAGCACAAACCGGCUGUCUCCAGAGCGCCAUUUUGCCGUCGAGCGGCCUUGAUUUUAUUACUGCAGAAGCUACUCAGCUCGAAAUUUUCUUCAAUACCUUUUCUGGGAAGAGUAUUCUUUUGGAGGAGCCUCAGAUCCUUUCUACUCUCACAUGUCGAAAUCUAGACGAUGUUCUACAGCACUUGUUGAAGUACAAAGCAGGCUUGUCUGGAGACCAGACUCAGCAAGCCUCUCCAUUGAGGGAUAAGGACAAGAAGAAGCAGCCAGCAGACCCUAAAAAGCCUUCCGGCGCUACUACUGAGGUUGACGGAGCUGUGUCUCCUCCUGUGAUUUAUUAUAAAUUAGGCCACGUAACACUUCCAUUGAUAGAUUCGAUGGGUAAUGGCGUCAAGGAUGGUGUCCUUACACAUUUGCCAGAGCAGGUACAACUACUCAUUGGAUGCUCUUACGACGCUGUAAAGAUGCUGCUCAAAUCUCUUAAAAACUCUAGGCGGCUGAACUCUUUAGCUUCAGGGUAUUUGGCUGAAUCGGCAAAGAUGGAACAGGAGGCGAACGAGGAUAUUGAGCAUAUGAAGGCAGAGUUCACGCAAGCGUUUAAUCUCCUCAAUAAUCCGAAGCUGGCAAAUUUUGCAAUCUAG